GCCUGCGCGAGUAUUGCCUCCGCUUUCCGCUCCGUCGCUGCGUCGGACCCUGUACUUUGGUUCCUGCCCGCUGGAGGUCCGUCCUGGUUCUAAAGCGACCCUGUGACCUGUCUCCCUGCGCGCGUGCACUCCGCGGUACAGUCUCGUGCGCGCAUAGUCGUGGGAAGGAACGAGGGGCUCCAGCGUCUCCCUGAGUGGCUGAGGGAGCGAGGAACCGCCGAGCCCUCCUUCCCCUGCUCGGCGGGCGCAGGCUGCAGCUAGCAGCUCUCCACCAUGCCCGGGGGCGUACCCUGGUCCGCCUACUUGAAAAUGCUUUCCUCCAGCCUCCUGGCCAUGUGCGCCGGGGCCCAGGUGGUGCAUUGGUACUAUCGGCCUGACCUGACAAUACCUGAAAUUCCACCAAAGCCUGGAGAACUCAAAACGGAGCUUUUGGGACUGAAAGAGAGACGCCACGAACCUCAUGUUUCACAGCAGUAGAAACUUCAAAAUAACAGCUGUGCCAAGAAUUCUGUGAAUAAUGUUUCAAAUAUGUAUUUUAAAAUUUAUUAAGUAAAACUACUUUUUAAAACACCGAAUUUAGGGGGCUCAAUGGCUCAGAGGUUAAGAGCACUGUCUGCUCUUCCAGAGGUCCUGUGUUCAAUUCGCAGCAACCACUUGGUGGUUCAUAACCAUCUAUGAGUUGUACCCUGUUCUGGCCCGCAGGCAGAAUGCUGUAUACAUAAUAAAUCUUAAUAUUUUUUUAAAGAUA